ACCCCCUACCCUCGCUGGCCUGCCCCCUCCCCAGCCGAAUCGGAUCACGUAGCCUGGCUCCUUGGUCGUCACCAUGGCUACACCCCAGAGUCGGAGGGUGGCUCCGGUCUGCCCCAUUACACUCCACCAUCAGGAGGCGAAGGCAAGUUCGCAGGCUGCGGUGACGUGCAAGACGUUCUCGAGGCCACGAUCCGGACCAUUCUCUCCUGCAACACGUCAGGCAAGAACUCCCGCGCAGCACACCAAAGUAUGGUUGCCGCCUUUGGGUGGAACGACUGGCCACGGGUACUCGCUGCCCCAGAGGGCGAGCUGGAGGAAGCACUACGUUGCGGCGGAUUGGCCAAGACGAAGGCGAGGAACAUACAGCUACUGCUGGCGCAAACGAAGGAGCGAUUCGGCAGCCUGUCGUUGCAACAUUUGCAUGAGGCGAGCGAUGCGGAGGUGCUGGAGACCUUGUUGAGCUUCAAGGGGUGCGGUCCCAAGGUGGCGAGCUGUGUGGCGCUCUUUUGUCUCGGCAGGCCAGAGAUGGCUGUUGAUGCGCACAUCUUCAGGUUGAGUAAGGCACUCGGGUGGGUCCCGCCGAACGCUUCAAGGGAAACUACCUACUACCACCUCAACGAGCGCAUCCCGCGCCAUUUGCGCUACCCGCUGCACGUCCUCCUCAUUCAGCACGGUAAAGCCUGCCCAAAUUGCACG